UGCGCUGGUCAAUGUCACUUCCUCCAUUUCAUAAAAACCAAAGUUAUUUUGAUUUUCUCACAUUCUCCCCUCCUCCGUCCAAUUUAUGCGACAAAAUUCCAGGCCCAGAGGGAAUUUGCUUCUUCUUGUUCAAGAUUUCCCCCAUCGACACAGAAAAUAGAGCGAGAGCAAGAAGACAAUGGCCGCUAACGAUAAGGGUUCUAUUUUGCAAUUCGCACCAUUCCAAAGCUCAGUUGAUGAAGGAUUCUGGCAUAGACUCUCUUCCUUGAAGCUCAACGAGCUUGGCAUCGACGAUUCCCCUAUUCCCAUCACUGGUUUUUACGCACCUUGUUCACAUUCACAAGUGUCAAAUCAUAUGACACUUCUUUCUGAGUCAUUGCCUUCCGAAGCAAGCAGGCAACCGUCGGCACCAUCAACUAGUACAGGUAACAGGAAUAGGUGCUCUGUUCCUGGAAUUCUGUACAAUACAAAUACAGUCGAAAGCUUCCAUGCCCUUGACAAGCAAAGCUUACUAAAGUCUGAAGCAAAGAAGAUUCGGGAGGAUAUUCUCAGUGGAAAAGCUAUAGAGGAUAGUUCAGUACUGGCAAGGUUCCUUUUGAUCUCAUUUGCUGACUUGAAAAAAUGGAACUUUUACUAUUGGUUUGCUUUCCCUGCUCUUGUUCUUGAUCCUCCAGCAACUGUAGUUGAACUGCAGCCUGCUUCACAUUGGCUUAACUCAAAAGAGGCUGAAUCAGUUUCCUCAGCUUUUGGUCAGUGGCGCAGCUCGGACCUAACCUCUGAUAUACCAUUCUUCUUGGUGCAUAUUGAUUCGAGUUCUCAAGCUAGCAUUAAACAUCUAACAGAUUUUGAAACCUUCGAGAGCAAUGGGGAAAAGCUUCUUUUUGGUUUUUAUGACCCUUGUCAUCUUCCAAAUAAUCCUGGCUGGCCUCUUCGCAACUUCCUAGCUCUCAUUUACUCAAGAUGGAAUCUGAAGUCAGUUAACUUUUUAUGCUAUAGAGAGAACCGUGGUUUUGCAGAUUUAACACUAUCCCUUGUUGGAAAAGCCCUGAUUGAUGCUCCACAAGGGUUGAUAGAUCAAAGGUGCAUGCCUAAUGCAGUUGGAUGGGAACUCAACCGAGGGAAGAAAUCUUGUAGAUCUAUUAACCUUGCAAAAUCCAUGGACCCAACUAGGUUAGCUAUAACAGCAGCUGAUUUGAAUUUGAGAUUAAUGAGAUGGCGUGCUUUGCCAUCUUUAAACUUGAACAUCUUGUCAUCUCUCAAGUGUCUCUUGCUAGGGGCUGGUACUCUUGGAUGUCAGGUUGCUCGUAUGCUUAUGGCAUGGGGCAUACGGAAAAUUACACUAGUUGACAGUGGAAGGGUAGCUAUGUCUAAUCCGUUGAGGCAAUCCCUUUACACAUUGGAGGACUGCCUUAAUGGUGGUGACUUUAAAGCCAAAGCAGCAGUUAAAAGUCUUGAUCGAAUAUUUCCUGGCAUGGAAGCUGAAGGUGUUGUGAUUUCCAUACCAAUGCCUGGGCAUCCUGUUCCAGACCAUGAAGUAGCCAGCAUGAUUGAUGAUUGUAGACGCCUUGAUGAUUUAAUUAAUUCUCAUGAUGCAGUUUUCUUGUUGACUGAUACUAGGGAAAGUCGGUGGCUUCCUACGCUUUUAUGUGCCAAUACAAAUAAGGUUACAAUCAAUGCAGCUUUGGGGUUUGAUAGUUUCUUAGUUAUGCGCCAUGGAGCUGGUCCUUCUGGUUCCUGUCAUGACGCAACAUCUCAAAUUAAUAUGGCUAACCUUUCCUUAAAUGCAACAGACAGAAGGCAGAGAUUAGGCUGUUACUUCUGUAAUGAUGUUGUUGCACCCAUUGAUUCAACUACCAAUCGCACAUUGGACCAGCAAUGCACUGUUACUCGCCCAGGGCUGGCUCCCAUCGCAUCAUCGAUUGCAGUUGAACUUCUUGUCGGAAUUUUGCAUCACCCUGAGGGAAUAUACGCUGAAGGUGAACUCUUAAACUCUGGGAUCGAUGGAACUUCUGAGCAGCCUCUGGGUAUCUUGCCCCAUCAAAUUCGAGGCUCCCUCUCACAGUUUUCUCAGAUGACACUUGUGGGCCGCUCAUCUAACAGUUGUACAGCUUGCUCCAGCACGGUUGUGUCGGAAUAUCGCAAUAGGGGCAUGGAUUUUAUUCUUGAAGCGAUUAACCAUCCAACUUAUUUGGAGGAUUUGACCGGACUUACAGAGUUGAUGAAAUCAACUAGCUCUUUCCAACUGGACUGGGAUAAUGAUACAGAUGGAAGUGAUGAAGAUAAUGAUGGAUGUGUCGAAAUUUGAUACAUUUUGUAUACCAUACUAUAUGACAUCAAUUCAGAAUUAACAUUUUUUUGUACAAAAAUACUGACCGAAGGAAUCAAAUUCCAAAAUUUGUAUUUUUUUUCAUUUUUACUGGUUGGACAGAGAUUUUGCGGGAAACGGCAUUUGUUGCUUGGAAAUGCUACUUUUUUUGGCUGGGUA